UGCAGGGUCAGUGCCAACUAGUUUAUCUCGUUACCUUGGUUUUUACUCUACUCCUCACCUCUUUCUCUCUCCUCCAUAGCCAUGGAAGCUCUAUCUCUCUCCUCAGCAAAGUUUGCUCUUAAUUCAUUCAAUUUACACCCUCAUUACUUCCGCCUUUUCUCUCUCUCAUCUUCCCCAAUUCUCCAAGGAUUAAAAUCUACGCCAUUUAUUUCAUCAAUUCCUCCAAAUCGAACCUCUUUUACCAACAUCAAAUGUUGCAAAUCAUUCACUGCGAAAUCAUCUUCAGAGCUUAGAAAAUUAAGGCAAUUGCGUGUGAAUGAUGAUGAAAAACUUCGAGCUUUAAGGGAACUAUUCAGUAAACCUGGUGUUGGUAUUGAUGCUUAUAUUAUCCCUUCACAAGAUGCUCACCAGAGCGAGUUUAUUGCUGAGUGUUAUAUGCGGAGGGUGUAUAUAUCUGGGUUCACUGGGAGUGCUGGUACUGCUGUUGUCACAAAGGAUAAAGCGGCUCUGUGGACUGAUGGGCGGUAUUUUCUUCAGGCUGAAAAGCAGCUGAGCUCUGAUUGGAUACUCAUGCGUGCCGGUAAUGUGGGUGUUCCCUCAAUGUCUGAGUGGCUUAAUGAUGUGCUAACUCCUGGAUCCAGAGUUGGAAUUGAUCCUUUCCUCUUUUCCAUUGAUGCUGCCGAAGAACUCAGAGAGGAUAUUUCCAAGAACAACCAUGAGUUAGUUCUUCUGUCUGAAACCAAUCUUGUAGAUGAAAUCUGGAAGAAUUCAAGGCCAAAACCUCCUUGUAAGCCUGUAAGGUUGCAUGAUUUGAAGUAUGCUGGAGUAGAUGUGUCUUGGAAAUUAUCUUGGUUGAGAUCUCAGCUGCAAAAUGAUGGUUGUUCUGCCAUUGUGAUUACCAAACUUGAUGAAAUUGCUUGGUUGCUCAAUUUGAGAGGAAGUGAUAUUCCUAAUUCCCCUGUCAUGUAUGCAUACUUGAUUGUGGAGACUGAUCGCUGCAAUUUAUUCAUUGAUGGUUCUAAAAUCACAUCAGAAGUCAUGGAAUACUUGCAAAAUGCCGGUGUAGAGCUGAAGCCUUAUGAUUUCAUCUUAAAGGCAGUUGAAAGCUUGGCAGUUGGGGGGGCUCGUCUUUUGAUAGACUCAGCAACCGUUAAUGCUGCUAUUGUCAACUCUUUCAAGUUGGCUGCUAAAAUCCAUGAUAAAAAGGGACAUAAAUCUAAGUCGUAUAAUAGCUCGAAUGGCAGUUUUGAAGGAGCCACUGUUGUGUAUAAGAGUUCCCCUAUUUCCAUUGCUAAAGCACUGAAAAAUUGUGCUGAAAUUGAAGGAAUGCGCAACUCACAUUUAAGGGAUGCAGCUGCCCUAGCACAAUUCUGGUCUUGGCUGGAAACUGAACUUUACAAUGGUGUGACAUUGACGGAGGUGGAAGUGGCAGAUAGACUUCUUGAAUUUCGUUCCAAGCAAGAUGGUUUCGUGGAUACUAGCUUUGAUACCAUUAGUGGUUCUGGUCCAAAUGGUGCAAUUGUACAUUACAAACCAGAACCAGAUAAUUGCAGUGUUGUUGAUCCCAAAAAGCUAUUCUUGCUUGACAGUGGAGCACAAUAUGUCGACGGUACAACUGACAUUACAAGGACAGUACAUUUUGGGGAACCAACUGCUCGAGAAAAGGAGUGUUUUACUCGUGUUUUGCAGGGCCACAUAGCUCUUGAUCAGGCUAUAUUCCCUGAUAAUACACCUGGCUUUGUUUUGGAUGCCUUUGCGCGUUCUUCUCUUUGGAAAAUUGGGCUUGAUUAUCGUCAUGGUACAGGCCACGGUGUAGGAGCUGCAUUAAAUGUUCAUGAAGGCCCUCAAAGUAUCAGUUUUCGGUUUGGAAAUAUGACACCCUUGCAGAAAGGCAUGAUUGUUAGCAAUGAACCUGGGUAUUAUGAAGAUCAUGCUUUUGGUAUUCGCAUUGAGAACCUCCUCUGUGUGAAAGAAAUUGCUACACCUAACCGCUUUGGAGGUGUCGAGUUUCUGGGAUUCGAAAAGCUUACAUUUUUUCCUAUUCAGAGUAAAAUGAUCGAGUUAUCACUGCUGUCUGCCGCAGAAGUUGAUUGGCUCAAUGAUUAUCAUGAGCAAGUUUGGCAAAAGGUGUCCGCAUUGCUGGAUGGUUCACCUCGUCAAUGGCUUUGGGAAAACACACGACCGCUUGUCAAACAAUGAGAUUAAUUCUAUUUCUGCUUCCUGUGAUGCUUUUCUUCUUCGCUUUUGUUGGAGCGUUCUCUUAUUUGUUUGUACAGAUUGCUGGGUGCAAUGUUAUGCAAUUAAGCUGACAGAUAUAUACGGUGAUUCGUACAGAAUUCUUCACUAAGUUUUGGUUACGAAUUAUGAUUCGACUUAUAUUGUAUUUUACUGAAACUUUCAUCUAAAACAUUUAAAAUGUUUCCUCUUC